ACCCGCCGUUCUGACCCCACCGUUCUGCCCUUAGGUGAUCUUCGGGCCGAUGUUCUCCGGGAAGAGCACGGAGCUCAUGCGGCGGGUACGCCGAUUCCAGCUCGCCCAGUACCGGUGCCUGCUGGUGAAGUACGCCAAGGACACGCGCUACAGCUCCUCCGGAGUGUCCACACACGACAAGAGCACCAUGGAGGCUGUACCUGCCGGGCUUCUCCAGGACAUUUACCAGGAGGCACUGAGCGCGGCCGUCAUUGGCAUCGAUGAGGGCCAGUUCUUCCCAGACAUUGUGGAAUUCUGUGAGAAAAUGGCCAACAGUGGAAAAACUGUCAUUGUUGCUGCUCUGGACGGGACUUUCCAGAGAAAGGCCUUUGGGAGCAUCCUGAACCUGGUGCCGCUGGCAGAGAGCGUGGUGAAGCUGAACGCUGUGUGCAUGGAGUGCUUCCGGGAGGCCUCCUACACCAAGAGGCUGGGAGCAGAGCGGGAGGUUGAAGUGAUUGGAGGAGCCGACAAGUACCACUCAGUGUGCCGAGCCUGCUAUUUCUGCAAGCGAUCGCAGCAGCCCAAGGCAGAGAACAAGGAGAACAUGCCYCUGGGCCUGAGGCAGCUGGAGACAGCUACCCCUCGGAAGAUCUUCACYUGACUGCUGGGAAAAUGGAGAAGGGAGCUCAGUGCUCUGGCUCACGGGCACCAGGUCUGCUUCUCUGUACAUUUAACAAACUGAUGAGUGCCUCAGCUCUCCCUACACAACGUCCGCUGCUCCUGCACUGAGCGUCACAACUGAGGACCCACCAGGCCUGGUGCUGGGCAAAGCUGAAGUAGAAYUUGGCUAGAGCGAGUUCCCUUCUCAGAACACAGAGACAAGCAGUUACUGAUGCUGCCACAACACAGGCCCUGGGGCACUGCACGUCAAGCCAGUACAAACAGUAGUUCUGCUGUUCACCAGCUCUGACCAGCUCCCCCUGUCCUCAUCUCUGUGCGUGCUCAGGCUGCCACUGGUGCUGGUUCUGGUGCUUGUGAAUGCAGCCCUUCUCUCUCAUGCAUUGUUGCUAAAUUCCAGGUUUCUCAAGACACUGUACAGCUAUUAGUAUUUUAAAUGCUGUUUUUAGCUUCCUUUGAGGURACUUGUCCCUUCUCACAGAGCUGUAGGACAGCUUUUAAACUGACACAGACUCAUCAGCAGCUGAUUCUUCGGAGGUGCUUAAUUUCUAAGGACUGGUUGUGUUCUAGCAGGCUGUGACAGAGUCCUUUGGAAGAACUGGUCCAAGGAAGAGCCUCCUCCAAAUUCAGGGCAGUUUUUCUCAGGUUCAAGGCUGGUGCUGCCACUUUGGUGCUGUGUUACGUAUGAGGGGUUUGGAGGGUCAGUGUGUUUCAUCUACCAAAAUUUGGACAAUYAUUCCAGUGAAGAUCCAGCUACUCUGAGGAGCUGGUUCUCCACUCUAGUCACGUCUCUUGCUCCCUCCUCAGCCUUCCAGAAUUCUCAAGGCUGACUUACUUUGCUCUAAGCAAACUGAAGGAUCCUCUUCCCUCUUGUUUGGCUCAACUUCUGGAAGACUGUUGCUUCCUUACUCCCUGCAAAAGUGUUUUUUCCUGGAAGCCAGCAUCCACAGGCUCUGAGCAGUAGCUCUUUAUUCUGGCCAGACCAGACCUCUGUAUCUGAGUUUAGGCUUGGCUGUUUGCCUGGAAGGCUCCAAGAGCUGUCUGAACCCCCACUGUUGCCCCUGUGUUAUAAGAGAGAAUUACUGUACUAACAAGUACUCCAGAACCAGGCCCAGCUUUUCCCCCAGGGCUGGGGAAGGUACUGCUGCUGCUGCUUUAAAUUAAAAGAAUAACAAACC